UGAAAAAUAUAUACCCAAUCUUCACCCAUUCAAUUGAUUUAUCAACCUCACAUCCAACAUGUCCGAAGAAGCCCCCAAGAAACUAUCCAAACUCCCCAUCACAGUCAACAAACCCACUCCCUACACAUUCGAUCUCGGUCUCCUCCUCGCCGAAGACCCUAAUCCGCUUCUCCUCACCACCUCCGCAAAUCUCGAAGAUGAUCUAGCUGCAACUGCCAGAGACGGUGCGCAAGCAUUACUGAACCAAUUACUGAGCAUCUGUCCCAUUGCAUCGACGCCCAGUGGUGUAUUAUUGAGUUUACCUGGGAUUGCUACAAAGUUGCCUCGUGAAAAGCCUCUUCCCCCCCCAGUCGCUCAAACCACCUGGCAAAAAUUCGCAGCUAAGAAGGGUAUUAAACCCAAGACUGCCGAGGCCAAGAAGAAGCUUGUGUAUGAUGAAUCUACCGGCGAAUGGGUUCCCAAAUGGGGAUAUAAGGGAAUCAACAAGAAGGGAGAAGACGAUUGGAUUGUGGAAGUUAAUGAGAACAAGGAGCGCGAGAGAAAGGAGGGAACUGAAAGACAAAAUGAUGGAAGACGGGAAAGAAAAGAAAAGGUUAGGAGGAAUGAGAGAAUGCAAAGGAAGAACGAGAGGAACGAUAGAAAGAAUCACGGAGGAAAGAGAGACUAAAUUGUUGGGAUUUGACUGUCAGCCCAUAUGCGACGAGGGGAAGUACAAAGAAAGGUGGAUGAUUUCAUGGUGGGUGGACUUCAUUGUAUGGCGUUGGGAUGGAUUAUCAUUGGCGUUAUUAGGGCAAUCAUUGCUUGUGGAAAGGAAAAAGUGUUUCGCCUUACGUCGGAAGACAUUAGAUUACAAGAACACCUCAUUGAGACAUUCCAGAGUUAUAAUAACAUAUAACAAUGGUAUUGAACAGUUCAAAUUCAUUCGAGAAGACAUAAAUGGCAAGACCCUCAAUAAAUAGCAAACGAAGAAUACAAAUGCAGAAUUAG